CCGAUAUAUAUGCUUUAAAAAACGUAUCCCAAAACUCUGAUGUACAUUUCGGCAAUUUAUACACCAGAGGCCACAAGGAUGACAAUGCUUCAUGAAUUCUAGAUAAAAAAUGCAUGUUAAACACAAUUAAAAGAGAGCUGUGAAGUAUGGAUCAGACUAAGUGGGGAAAAAAACAGACAGAUAACAUAUCUGUUUAUCAUAUAAGUGAUAGGCUGUCAUGUUGCGAAUAUCACGGUAUGUCCAAUGCGAUCGAAAUUAUUAGUCAAUAUCAGAGGUGCAGUGAAAUAGCAGGAGUUCUCCAAAUAUACUGUGACUUUGAUUUGAUAUUCAUUUUUUUUUUGGAGGAAAGAUACGCUGUUGAAGGCGGAGCGGCAUGUGGCAAGAGAUAGCUCUUCUGCUGCUCCUUGUCGCCCGGACCUGGGCUGGCCAGAUCAUCGGGAACUCAUGGUUCGACUAUUACACCACAGUCCUGCGUGCCUCUGUGAUCGACCUCACGACGGAUCAGCUGACGUUCCACCUGAACGCCCUGCUGGAGAGGUUCCCGUUCCCGCAUCCCGAGGACCACAUUCACCGCGCCCUCGUCAUAGCCUUUAGUGCCCUCAUAUUCAUCAUCAACGAAAUGGAGGAAACGGCUCGCAUACUCCUGCACCUUGAGUAUCACCACGAGUACCAGUAGGGGACAGUUAUGUUGACUCCAUGAACAUAGUUUGUCGUUUACUUGUCUUCUGA